AUGACGAGGAUGAUGCAGAAUGACAAUUCUGGGGAGAACUUUAUCAUGGUGGGUUUCUCUGCUCAACCCCAGUUAGAGAAGAUCUUCUUUGUGGUAGUCUUGAUAUUCUACCUCCUAACCCUGGUGGGCAACACCGUUAUCAUUUUGGUGACCCCACUGGUUCUCCGUCUCCAUACACCCAUGUACUUCUUUCUGUCUCACCUGUCCCUCGUGUACCUCUGUUUCACCACUAGCAUCUUGCCCCAGCUUCUGCGGAACCUCCGGGAUCCCUCCAAGACCAUCACCGUGGUCGAUUGUGGGGUCCGGCUCUACGUCUCCCUGGCCCUGGGGUCGAUGGAGUGCGUCCUGCUCACUGUCAUGGUCUUGGAUCAUCAUGCUGCCAUCUGCCAACCCCCUCACUACACCACUGUCAUUCACCCACGGCUCUGCCGGGUCCUGAUGGGCUUAGCCCGGCUGUGUGGGGUGGGGGACACCGUGAUUCAGGCCACAGCCAUCUUCUGCCUGCCCCACUGUGGACACCAGCGGCUUCCCCACUUCCUCUAUGAGAUGCCCGCCAUGCUCAAGCUGGCAUGGUCCAUUGCCUGGGCUGCGCUGAAGAUCACGUCACCCCGGGUCUGGAGGGAGGCCCUGGGAGCCUGCGGGACCCACCUCCUGGUGGUCACUCUCUUCUAUGGGUCCACCACGGUGGUCUACAUCUGA